GCGCGCCGGCCGGCAUCGCCGCGGCGGGCAGCGCGGCGGAGGGUGCUGCCAGCGGCGGAGCCGCGCCGCGGGGUGCGCGAAGAUGCUGUCCUACAGCGUGCUGGACGCCAACGUGGUGGACGUGGAGAAGCGGAGGAACCCCUCGAAGCACUACGUCUAUAUCAUCAACGUAACAUGGUCUGACCUGACUUCCCAGAUCAUCUAUCGGAGAUACAGCAAGUUCUUUGACCUGCAGAUGCAGCUUCUGGACAAGUUCCCUAUUGAAGGAGGCCAGAAAGAUCCCAAGCAAAGGAUCAUCCCUUUUCUACCAGGCAAGAUCCUGUUCCGGAGGAGCCAUGUCCGAGAUGUAGCUGUGAAGAGGCUGAAGCCCAUCGAUGAGUACUGCAGGGCACUGGUCCGUCUUCCUCCUCACAUUUCACAGUGUGAUGAAGUCUUCAGGUUCUUCGAGGCUCGACCAGAAGACCUUAACCCUCCAAAAGAGGACUAUGGAUCUUCAAAGAGAAAAUCAGUUUGGAUGUCCAGUUUGUCUGAGACUCCAAAAAAGAGUGUCACUCCAGGUGCUGAUGCUAGCUCUGAACCCAUGAUCCUGGAGCAAUAUGUGGUGGUGUCCAACUAUGAGAAACAGGAGAACUCUGAGAUCAGCCUCCAGGCUGGAGAGGUCGUGGAUGUCAUAGAGAAAAACGAAAGCGGUUGGUGGUUUGUGAGCACAGCAGAGGAGCAGGGCUGGGUCCCUGCUACGUACCUGGAAUCCCAAAAUGGAACCAGAGAUGACUCCGACAUCAACACAUCCAAACUUGGGGAAGUUUCUAAGCGACGCAAGGCUCACCUGAGGCGCCUGGACCGGCGAUGGACGCUGGGAGGGAUAGUCAACAGGCAGCAGAGUCGAGAAGAGAAAUAUGUCACUAUCCAGCCGUACGCCAGCCAGGGGAAGGAUGAGAUUGGGUUCGAGAAAGGGGUCACCGUGGAGGUCAUCCAAAAGAACCUGGAAGGAUGGUGGUACAUAAGGUAUCUAGGCAAAGAGGGCUGGGCCCCAGCUUCUUAUCUGAAGAAGGCUAAAGAUGAUCUUCCAUCUAGGAAAAAGAACUUAACUGGUCCAGUGGAAAUCAUAGGAAACAUCAUGGAGAUCAGUAACCUGCUGAACAAGAAAGCAUCCACUGAUAAGGAAACUCAAGCAGAAAAUGAGACUGCAGAAACUCAUAUCACCAAGAAGGAAAUCAGCUUGCCCAUCCUGUGCAAUGACUCUAAUGGCAAUGCCAUGAUGACCCCAGACAAGCAGAUUUCCAAACUGGCCCAGGGAUCCCCAGCCAUAGCAAGGAUAGCACCACAAAGAGCUCAAAUAAGUUCUCCAAAUCUAAGAACAAGACCACCACCACGAAGAGAAUCCAGUCUGGGUUUUCAGUUGCCCAAACCACCAGAGCCACCCUCUGUGGAAGUGGAAUACUACACCAUUGCAGAGUUCCAGUCAUGUAUUUCUGAUGGCAUAAGCUUUCGUGGAGGACAAAAAGCAGAGGUUAUAGAAAAGAAUUCUGGCGGCUGGUGGUACGUGCAGAUUGGAGAGAAGGAGGGAUGGGCUCCAGCAUCUUACAUUGACAAAAGGAAGAAGCCGAAUUUAAACAGAAGAACCAGUACUUUAACCCGGCCAAAAGUUCCUCCCCCAGCACCUCCCAGUAAACCAAAAGACCCUGAAGAAGGAACAGCUCCUGGAACAGUUUCUUCAGGAGAUACCCAGGACUCUCCCCACAAGCUGAAAUAUGAAGAACCUGAGUAUGAUGUGCCUGCCUUUGGCUUUGACUCAGAGUGUGAAGGGAGUGAAAGUUAUCGUGAAGAGGGCACUCUUGAAAAACGCCUGUUUCAGACCCUCAAGCCCUCUCCUAUGUCAUCACUUCAGAAAGCAAAGUUCAAAGUGGGAGAGUCUUCAGAAGAAGUUGCUCACGAAGAAGAGACCAUCUAUGAGAAUGAGGGAUUCAGACGUUAUGUGGAAGAUGCAUCAUCCAAUAAGGAAUCUAGUGGAGACUCCGAUUCUCAGAAAAGCUCUUCUCUCUCCCUGAUCCAGAGGAAUUCUCCAUCUUCCAGCUCUCCUAAGUCAUCACUUAUGAAGCUCAAGAUGGACAAAAACAUUCAGCCUGAUCUUGGAAAAUGCCAUUAUUCCAGGAGUGAGGAAACAAAACCAAGGUCAGCUUCAGAUGUUGGUUUACGUAGUGUGCCACGGACAGGCAUGAAGAAAGAGCCUGGUCAAAGUCCUUCCAUUAAAGCAAAGCCAACUGUUAGGCCCAAACCCUUCCUGAACAAGGCAGACUCUCAGAGCCAAGAAAAGAUGGAUAUCAGCACUUUAAGGCGACAGCUGAGGCCAACUGGGCAACUCAGAGGUGGACUUAAAGGUUCAAGAAGUGAAGAGUCCGAGAGCCCCCCACAUACAGCUUCUGAGAACCAAGAGGAUCCUGUUAGGAGGAGCUCAGCUGAUAUCAUUACAGCUCCUUCCCGUGGCAUUUUCUGCUCUAGCCAUACAGCCAAAACUGAGCAAGAAAAUGACUCCAGAUGUUUCUAUGUGACCACUGACUCAUACCAAAAGGUACAGGAUUCUGAAAUUUGCUUCCCAGCAGGAGUAGAAGUGGAAGUGCUGGAAAAGCAAGCCAGCGGAUGGUGGUACCUGAAAUACGGAGACAUGGAAGGCUGGGCUCCUUCCCAUUAUUUGGCUCUCCCUGAUAACCAGCGGGAAACUACAUCAGCAGAGACUGAUGCCUCAACUGCCAGGAACAGGAAAAAUGAAAACAAGUCAAACAGUUUAGAGAAGAUAGAGAAGAGGGUUCAGGCUUUGAACACCAUCAACCAGAGCAAACGUUCAACACCACCCAUCCCAAGCAAACCUCCUGGUGGUUUUUCAAAGCCAUCAGGGCCAGUGAAAAUGAGGAAUGGUGUGAGGCAACUUGCCGUCCGGCCGCAGUCAGUGUUUGUGUCUCCACCACCAAAGGAUAACAACCUGUCAUGCUCCUUGCGCAGAAAUGAAUCUUUAACAACUACGGAUCAUCUUAGGAGUGUCCGUCGGAAUUCCUCCUUUAGCAACGCAUGGUCACAGCCUGGUGAUGCGAAGGGGAAGCAGCCUGAGCGGUCGGGUACAGAGAACUCGGAGAACACCUCCAAUCUCUCUACCCAGAGGAAUGGGAUUCCUGUGUCCACAGUCAGGCCAAAGCCCAUUGAGAAAUCCCAGUUCAUCCACAACAAUCUCAAGGACAUCUAUGUUUCCAUUGCAGACUAUGAAGGGGAUGAGGAGACUGCAGGGUUUCAAGAAGGUGUCUGCAUGGAAGUCCUCGAAAGGAACCCGAAUGGCUGGUGGUAUUGCCAGAUUAUGAAUGGUGUGAAGCCAUUCAAAGGCUGGGUGCCCUCAAAUUACUUGGAGAAAAAGAACUAAUAUUGCAAUAUCUUUAACCUCCCUAAUUUAUACUGUUCCUGUUGUGUACAUGUGGAAAAAAAAAAAACAAACAAUUGCUACGCAAAAAGACGUUUCCCUGUGCUCCAGUUUGUACAAAGGGACAAAGGAGUCUAUGCUGAGGACAAACCUGCUGUUCUGGAGAGGUUUGUGGGGCUAAUAUGUUGUAAACAGCUAUGAGGAAGAUGCAGCAUAGCCAAAUGCCUUUUUGUGAAGUUGUUAAUAAUCUUGUAUGUGUAACAGGGUAUGAUAUCCCAUCUUUCCCAUUAUCGAUAGGAAACCAAAUGUGUGCCUUUUGUGAGAGAGAAAUACACAUGCAUCUACUUGGGGAGUUUUGUGCCAAACUCUGUUUUACGAUCUAGGCUCCCUUUCUCCUCAUUCUUGUCUGUACAUGGAAUACCCAAGAGUUCUGGAUGCAUUUCCACAACUUACAGUGAGAAGGGAAUGGAAGUUUCUGAAACACAGAGGGACUCUAAUCCUUUGGAGAUGUUCACUUCUUUUUUUACUAUUCUCAACAGUUGGUUGGUCCAGAGUUGGAGCCUUUUCACCGUGGAGACAUUUGGUCUCUUGACUUCAGCUGUGUUUUGUUGUUACUGCUAACUCACCAGAAAAGGCAAUCAGGUGGUGCUGGUUGGGGGCUUUUUGUUUCCUUUUGUUCUGUCUUGUACUUUGAGUUGGGAUUUCAGGUGUUCUAGGGCAGCAAUGCCUACUGGUGCUUGUAAAACAAACCUACAAACCCCAUGCUUAAGCACGUUGAUUACUUUGUAGACUCCAUAUUUAGUUCUGUGCCUGACUCCUGCCAGGUGAUCCUGGUUGAUUCUCUUCUCAGAGUCGGGUUUCUUAAAACUUGACAUAAUAUGAAAAUAUUUGAAAGUCCCUUAAGACACUAAAGACAAAGCUGUCAAAUGUGUUACUUCUCGAUUUUGUGAUCUGGUCCAAAUUCAAGUGUGCUGACUGCUGGCAGGGCCCACCAAGGUAUUACUUAGAAAUAGCCGUGACCUUCUGCAACAUCAGUGUUUACAAUAGGGGGUGGGGGGAUAAAGCCAUCAAACUCAGUCUGCACAUCCUUAAUUUGUGUAUUUUUGGGGAACAGUUUUUUCUGUGUUUUGUUUUUGUCUUUUCUGUGCAUUCUUGGUUUACUUUUUUUUUUAGUCUUGUUUUACCAAGAGACACUUAAAGCUGAAGGAGGAGCCAAAUAUGUGUUUCUGUUCCCACUUGAAUCCAAAAUGUACAUUUGUACUGGAAAGUGUACCUGGGCUUCUCAGGCUCAGAGGUUUAAUAUCAAAGGAAUUGCACCUAAAAUGCAUCUAACCAGGAAGCUGCCUCUUCUAAUUCCAUUUCUAAUUGCCUUUAUUGAUGCAUGCUUUGAAACACGGCACAUGGUAGGGAAAGUGUGGUGGGAAAUGGAAGAGGCAUCCAUUGAAAAAGGCUUUGAACAUAUUUUAUUUAUGAGGUAGCCAAGUCUUUUGCCCACAUCCCUACUGUACUUGUGGAAGACAUGGCUUUUUAGGGGGGGUUAAAUGGCUUUGUUAAUCACUCAAGAUCAAUAUCUAAUUCCUUUAAAUAAUAGGCAGCAUUGCAGAUCUGUUUUUAGGGGGAGGGGCAGACUAUUUCCCUACUGGUUUACACAGAAUUAUACAUGCCAUUUUUUCCAACAGAAUUUCAAACUGAUUUGGCUUAGAAGCUAAAGGAUAUGAAGACUUAAAAAUAGCUGGGAUCAAGGGGCUGAGUAAAAUAGCGCAAGAAUAUCAUGUGUUUCUCUGCCAAAAAAAUACUACACAAUUUAUACGUUGUUCUUGUCUUUAUUGUUGGGGGUUUUUGUGGUUUGGGUUUUUUAUUAAUUUCCCUGGUAACACUGAGAGAGUUGCCUACAGCUAACCUACACCUAACGUGACCGGUGUCCUUUUGGUAGCUGAAACAACAUCCAGGUGCCACUACUGGCUAUGAACAGUGCUGUGGUUCGAGCAGCUCUUUGCAUCCAAGUGGGGAGGGAGGCUGUUCAGUUGGGGUCCCUUUAUACUGUGGUGGCAGGAGAAGGAGGUGUAUCUGCACAAUAGCUCCUAUCACAGUGUGCAGGGUCCUCUUUGUACCUUAAUAUCUUGCCAUAUAAUAUGUAUGUAUAUAUCCAGUUAGCUACAUCGUACUGGAUGUGUAUCUGAGGCAUUGUGACCCUGUCUCCCAUACUUCUCCCCAUUUUUAAUUGUACUAAUAUGGUAGCAGCCAUAAAAGACUGCUGGAGCUGUUGUGAAAUUAUAAUAGAAGUAUUAUAUUCUUCUGCUGGACAGUAUUAAAUAGAGCAAUACAUAGAGUUAUCUGCUAGAUUGCAGUACUAAUAGUAGUGACUUAGUGACUCAUAUUAAUGUUGUUGUGAUUUAUUUUAACAAUAAUGAUGAGGAAGUGGUUCAUUAUUUUGAAUUAAUGCACUUUAACAAUAAAAGAAAACAAAACGGAAGCCAAUGCAGAGAAAUAAGUGCAUUAUUUAAAGGUGCAGUAUAUAAUUAUCAUUUUCUUGAAGCACAUAUUUAUUAAGAAUUAACUUAUUAUUUAAAAUAUUCUAAAGUUUUGUUUAAAGACAUUCCCUCUAGGUCAUCUCUUUGGGGGGAUGUAAAAGCACAGCUCCCAGAUCUUCUGCAUUGAGCCACUGAAUUCUCUGAAUAUGGUGUGGUGUGAGGUGAGCCCCUACCUAGGGAGAGGAAAGCAGCACACGAAUGGGAGAGCCCUGACUACCACAGGUGUUCUCACCUGCAUCCAGCAAAGUUGAGCACAGAGCAGCUCUCAACUGCAAAAGUGCUCACAGGGUUUGGAGUGGCAGAGCUGGUUUUGCCAGACAGUUGUGGUGCCGUGUCCUUGCAUGAGGCUGGUCCCUGGUGGACACAGGCUCAGGCAGAUCCUCACACUAACCUGUGAAAUGCAGGCCACCUCUGUAACAUCAGUCUGUCCCUGAGCUCCCUUUCCACCUUGCUGGCUUGCAUCUCCAGCUCUGGCUUUUGCAGGGAGAUGGUUUGCUGAGCUCCAUCAGUGCAGGGGAUGACACCUGGUGAGGGUGCCUGCGGCACAGCCAGGGUUUUCUCAAGCAGCAGCCCAUUGUCCUAUGGCUCAGUUGCUCCUUUUUCACAUCCCAAAGGUUUUAUGGCCCCCGGAGCAGAGGCCAGGACCUGUAGAUUGCCUGCAAAGCCACACUUGCUUCUUCCAUCUGCCUCAGAUGGGGCAUAACCAACCUACUUGAUGCUAGAAAUGAAUGUGGGCCACCACGGCCUGAUGGGAAAGCUUUGGUUUGGGCUUCCCUUUAUUUGGUGACUGUUUUGACUGCUUGUGUUUGAAAGAUCACUUUUAAAGAAAAUACCCCCCCCCCCCCCCCAUGCAGUUUUUCCCCCUCCCAUUUUUACCAUUGUCACAGCAUCUCUCACCAAUCUCUUUUUUUAAUUCUUCCAACUGAGAGGAAAAGAAUUACUUUUUCCACCAGCGAGCAGCUAGGUUUGGUCAGCUCCACUGAUACCUGAAACAGCAAGCCCUUUCUACUAUUAGCUGUGAAACAGAGUGAAAGGCCUUAAGCUAAAUCAGAGAAGCUGACUGCAGGGCAGGAAAGCCUGGCAGGGUGCCUCAAAGGACGGUGUAGUGCUAGAAGUGUUUUAGUUCUUUUCUAAAAUGUUGAUGUCGCCUUAAGCUUUUAUUUUUACUAAAUUUGUCGGAACUGACACUGGAUCAAGAGCAAUAUUUAAAUGUAACGUACACCUCAGUGAACACUCAAUGCAGAAAUCAACAGUACUGUUUAAAUUUCUCUCUUUUUUUGGUUUAUUCUUGAACCAGAUUGUUAAGAAGAAGAGCUCUGCAGGGCUUGGGCAAAGCUGUUUGCAGCUGAAGGGGGCCCUCCUCCGGGGGGAGAGGCGGCUGCUGUCACCGCGUUGCUCUCACCCGCUCUCCGUGCUUUCCAAAAUGUCUUGAAUUUGGACCAGCAGAAAAUCCAAACUCUAACGCCAGAGAAGAAAAAUUUAAGAAUGUGAAAAUUGUGUCUUGCUGUAUACUGCAACUUUAAUAAUAAUGAGCACUUCUGAGUUCGUUAUUGAGGUUUAUAUAAUGCCUGAAAAGUUUAAUUCCUGGUUUCCCUUAUCUACCCUCUCAGAACACAAGAGUCCUAAGUUUUUGUCAGCAGCCCUUCCCUGUGGGAGGCAAUUUCUGUUAAGUUUUCUCUCUCAUGCUUUGCAGUGGGUGGGUAUAGUCAUACGUGCUCAUCCUUUGCAAGCCACGCUUCUCAAGAUGAAAGAUAUGAUGAGCACGUGUCAGGAUACUUAACUGGUGUGUUGACAGGAAGCCUUUAGAUCGGUGUGUACAGUAAUAGCAAACACACAACAAUGAAGGAUUGUAAUUGGCUCACUUUUAAAUAUGGAAUUUCACAUCUGCAUGGGUAUGGCUGAAAAAUGGAUUUUACCCUUGUGGAUAUGCACCCCAAAGACUCCUUCCAUUACAGUGCUAUCAAGUUUGACGAAGGCAUUAUAUAAUUGUUUUCAUCACUUUCAGAUCUUAAUGAAUCGUAUUUUAUUGUAAUAUAUAUUCAUUGCUUUCCUCAGUUAAAAAGAAAGUUACUGCUUUUAUCUUAUAUGAAAAACAAGGGAAUUUGAUAAAGCAUUCAUUAUUUUCAUAUUACUAGUAUUAACAGAAUAGAACUAGUACUAUUUAAUUUUAGAUCUUCAUAGCUAGCUUGUUAAUAACUCAUAUUUUCCUGUGUUGUAUCCUACUAUUUUUUCUGUUUUUUCCCAAAUACUCUGCAUUCUUGAGGAAAAAAAACAAAUCCAAUGAGUGGAUAAGUGCAAUAUUCAUAGAAUAAACAGGCCCCUCAUCCAGGACUUGGAGUGGAACGUGCAGUGUGAAAAGUUUGCAAUUCUCUAUUCAUGCACUCUUAAGGAAAGGGGAAAUGCAAGGGAGGGGAUGGCUGGAUAAGAAUAGGACCCUUGGGUAGGUAGGGACUGACAGGAUAGCUGGGGUGGUUUGGGGUGGGAAUGGCUGCUUUCCAUGAAAAAUCAUCACCUGUUAAUGAAAGUAUAAGGAUUAUGCAGCAUGUUGCCAGGAUUAUGUAUAGAUUGUGCAUUAACAUCUUUAUCAAUACAGGACUUCUGAGCUACGCUUGAAACACUCUGUAUGCCAUCCAUGCAUGAUACUCUCUUCUGGUAUGUCUCUGCUGGUUAUGUCCUCUGUUACACUUUGGAAUCAAUGGUAACUUCAGAAGGGAAAAUAAUUCUGCUGGUGCAGUCCCAAGUUUUGAUACUGUAUUGUUACUUGUAUUUAUUGCAAGAUCUAUGGGAGUAUUUUUACAGUUCCUUAUUUCUUUUCCUUCCCUGUUGUUAACCUAAGACAAAAAGUCCCCAUUUUAUCUGGUUAGUUCUCACCUGCAGAAUUUCACAGCUGGUUUGGGUAUUGAUUUCAUAUUCCUUGGCUUGCAAAGGCUGAUCACUCAGGUCCAAAAUAAAGUUGGGCAGAAACUUUGCUCUUCAGAGGAGCUUUUGUCUUAAAUUCUAUUUGAAUGGGAGGAGAACUUCCAUCUGUCAGAAAUAAUGUGACUUUCCAGGUAGCAGCAAAAUCUACUACCUUUGAAAAACUGGAUUGUUUUCAUAAGAUGCAAGAGAAAUGUGAAAGCCAGAGCAUUUGAUUCUCUGAGCUCUGGCAAGUACAUCUUCUGUGGCUCGUGUCACUGGAGAGGGGGUGUACCUCAGCUUUAUGCUUAAUUUUUGUCCUGCUGUUCUUAAGUUUGUCAAAAAGCAUUAUUACCAGAGACCUUUGCAUGCAAAGAGGAAAACUGAAUUCUGCAGCUGUACUGAAAUAGUUUCAAUUACAUGAUUUUUUUAAAACCUCUAAUACUUUACAAAUGAAUUUGGUUUUGAAGAGAGACCUCUAAUUCUUUCACGUGCUCUUGUCUAACCUGGCAAGAAUUCCACGAGCAUCAGUAGAGUUACACUGACAGAAGACCCACAGAGGAGCAAAGCUCCUUGUGGGCACUCAGCAUGGAAUGUUCUCAGCAAAAACAAACACCGUGCACUCAGUUUCUACACCUCCAAAGGGUGCACAGGCCUGCUAAGCCUUGGUGCUUUCAUGCCUUGAUCCACUUCCCUGCAGGUCUUGCAGCUUUUGGAAAUCAACUGGAGCUUUGCUGCUAUUUGCUGGUGGCUUCCCAUCACCAGCAGCUCCUUCUCUGGCAACUGUAGAUGCUACUUAGCCACAUUGCAAAGUGCUGUGUAUAAACGCAGUGUUUGAUAGAUGUCAACAGUACCAGUAGGAUGGUCUGAGAGCAAAUGUUUGUGUAAGUUAUGUUAUUUUCAUUUGCUUGUAGUUGCUUGGUAGAAGCAGGGACCACCAAUGCAGCGAUGCAUGAGGAAUGUGUCUGCACACUUGAACUGUUUGAUGGCCUCUGCUAGCUCUGCACAGUGCUUGCAUUUCUCUUUCUCUCCCUCUGUGCUGCUCAGUAGUCACGUCUGUUGUGUGUCUGUAACUUUCAAAUAAAGUACUGUAUAUAGGGCGGAUCCAGAAGCCCCCACAGUCAGUUGACUUUGGGUUGGGAUGUAGGUUGAUGGUGCUGCUUUUCCUCCUCCAUCUUAGACCCAACUUGGAGCAAAGCACAGAUGUUUGUAAAGAGUCACCCAUAACUCUACUUUGGGGUGUCAGUUUUGUGGGGUGUGCAUGCAUUGCCAAGGGUGGAAUGAUGAGGGGAUCUUCUUUUAUUGGGUGCCCUCACAUCAGGGCUGGGGCUCCGCAGCGAUUCCUGGAGUGAAAGCUGUGCUGCACUGCUUGCGGGCCUGACUGGCGUAGGCAGCACAGAUUGAUUUCUCCCAUUUUAUAAUGUCAGGGCUGGGCUGGUCCCAUUAACAAUGUUCUUCAUUGUUCUCGCAUCAAGGUAGCGUUGAUUCUAGUUGGAGAGUGCAAUUUUUUUUGUUUUGUGUUUGUUUUUUUAAUAAAUAAAUUUGGUUUAAAGCUUCACACUGGCGUUUUUACAGACCUGUUCUUAUCAGCAUAAGCCACUACUGUCCUGAGUUGAGACUCCUGUUUGUUACUGAAUCAAAAUAAUUAUGGGAAUUGUGUUGAUAAUUUGGAAAUAAAUGAGAGGUAACUAUAUUGGCAGAGGAGAGAUAGAUAAAAUAUGAGAAAAAUAUGUUUCUAAUAAGGCCAUAAAUUAUUGGGUCUGACACUGCAGGUGCUUUCUCUGUAUAGAUGGGUUUAAUACAUCACUGCUCUGUGUUAGGCUUUUUCAUUAGUGAGAAAAGUUGAAGUUUUUCACUCCGUGAUGUACUAUGACAAUCUGUAUCCUGAAGCCAAUGAUCCACCUAAGGAAGACAAACACAGGUUAUGUGUUUGUUGUAACUGAGGCAGUUUGUGUGCCUGGGAGUUUACAGACACUGAGGUUCAGCUGGUGGAGCGGGCAGGGGUUGCUCUUCCAGGUCUGCCUGCAUUGGCCCUCUGUGAAACAACCCUGUGCUAAUGGCACUUCUGGGAAAACAUUGAGUUUGGUGAUCUCCCCCUGAUGCUCAGGGUUGUUUGGUUACAGUGGUACAUGUCAGUCUUGCUCCCUGCUUGGUGGAGGAGAAAAACAGGGGAGAGAGAAUCACUUGGCACCGUAGGAGGAUUUUGAAAAUACAACAUUUAAAAUUAAAAGAACUAUUUCGGGCUUCUCCAGAUACCAAAGCUGUGUUAGUGAUGCUGUGUUUGAUGUCUGAAAUAUAAGCACCGUGGCAGCUUUCUCUGUGCAAACAGUUCUUUUGUGGUUUAAGAGCUUGUUCUUGAACUGCUUCUGGGUCCCCAGGGAAGUAGUAAUAAAUAAACAAAAUCCCAUCAUCACCCUUGGCGUUUAAACUGGGGGGGAGGAGGGCAUCAAAUUCUGUUCUGACUCUGCAUCCCCUUGAACAUCCAGAUUCAGUUUAUUUCUGUCCCCUAGGAGCAGGUCAGAAGAGAACAGUGCAGUCACUGGAAGUUAGCCUGUAACAAUUAGUAAACUGGAAAAAAAAAUAAUAGAAAAGGAAUUAAAAGGAAACCUUUUAAAAAAUGAAAUAUUUCAGUGAAUAGCUGACUUAACUAUUUCCUGCCUUGGAUUUGGGGGGUGGGGAGUUAUAAUUGUUUCCAGUCUCUACAAGGAAUUUCUCUGCAGCCCGCUGAAUAGGCUUGCUGAAAAGACUUGCUCAUUACUCAUGAUGAGUUCAAACCUGGAGUAUUGCAAAAGCAAAGUGUGUGUAGCAUUACAAUGACUUUUUUGUACUGAGGGUCCAAACUGAGUAUUGCAGGGUCAACAGUGUAUGGAGCAGGGGCAUUUCUGCUGUCUGGCUAACAGUGCUGUUCCUUUAUUGCAGAUUCAAUUGCAGACAGCAGUGCUCCUUACUCUGUCUGCAGUGUUUGGGGAGAAUCAAGCAGAUGAGCCUCCUCAGUUAAGACUCAAUAUCGGAUUUCACGUCAGGAGAAGUCUUGCCAGCAGUUUGAUUGAUUGCUGCUUAGGCUAAAGUUCAGAUGCAGAUAACUCAAGGUGGGUGUCGAAAGCAGCUCAGCUGGAUCUUUACAUCUGUAGCUGUUUCCAGAGCUGUUAAUUAGCCCAAAUUGUCUCUGGAACUGCUGGGUAGUCAAUUACAGAGAGCCUAAACCUGUUGUUGAAUGAAGGCUGAAGUCUGUUCAAGCAGUUGUGCUCCCCUCCGUUAAUGGAGCAACUGCAUGUGUCUGGACUGGAAACUCCUACGGGUUUUGCUGUGCCAAAUGUGUAACUGAUAAAUAAUUGGUCUAGGCCUGGUCCAAGUGAGGUUUUGCAGUGGGUUUCCCAGGCGGUUGAUGUUCUUAAUGUGACCUUGAAUAUUAGAUGCUGUUGUCAUUUCUGUGUUGGUGUAGCAGUCCAUUUUCUAGUGGUUAGGUGGUGGGAAUGUACCUGGUGGGAGCUUGGGAGAGUAUGUCGGUGACCAGAGAUAGAGAAACGUGUGGCUGGUUUUCGUGUGAGUGGUCAAGUUGGUGACACUUUUUUGUCGUCUUUUUGUUUGGUUGGUUUAUUUUUAACAUGGGAACCAUUCUGUCUGUUCUGUGUGGGGAAAAGCUUAGAAGUUGGUGUGGUUUCUGUGGCAGUAUAUGUGAGAAGGAAUAACUGAGAGCUUUCCUUUUUGUUCUUUUUGUUCUCUUUAAGAAAGUUUAUGGGCGGGAGUCCAUUCAGUUUGGUUUGGGUUGCAAGUUAAGCCAAGAGAGGAAGAAAAUGAGUCUGGGGAAACCCUUUUUUUUUGGUAGUAACAGCUUUGGACCAUAUUUUGUUGUGGCCUCUGAUCCCGCUCCUCUGAAGGUAGCGGAGCAAAUAUUGUUCAUCAUGCAAAUGUUAGAGCUUUUGGCAAAGUACUGAUUUUCUCAGAGCUGACAGGUAUUCUGAAAUUCACAGCAUCAGUCCUUAAUAUACCUAUAGCAAAUGUGAGCUAGAGACAGAAAUUGUAACUGCAGCCUCAUGCGUUGUCCAGUUUUUGUUUAAUGAACUUGCGAUGGCGACCACUUGGAUGAAACUGUACAGUGAACAGCUGCAAGGGUCCAGAUGUGCUUGGGUCUCUGAGAUGCUUUCCUAGAAAAGGAAAUCGUGUGAUUUUGCCUUUCACAGGCAUCCCAGUAAAACUGAAACCCAGAAAAAUGACUUUUUUUUUGCAUUUAACAGUCCCUUUUGCCAUUGAUGAUGAGAGUUGUUGUUAAUGAGGGGUCAGAUGCCCCAGUCGGUUUGAACUGGCAGAAAACAGAAGACCUUUCUAUGAUUGGUCCCUGAGUCUGCAUGUAAAAUGGUAGAUUUGAUGCAGAGUAGAGUACUAGGUAACAAAGAUAAGUGACUUCUCUGUGGGCCAACACUAAAGAUGCAUAAUCAGUGGGGAGAACAGAGCUCUCCUAUUUGCCAAGUGACCCUGUAAAAACAUCCCUCAGGCUUUAGCACAGAUUAUGUGGGGACCUGUGAUGAUUUUUCUGACACAUACAGUACUGUAGGCCUCGUUCUGUGACUGGGACAAUAGAAGUGCAUCUCUAUCAUAUAUAUCAUCAGUGAGAAUUAGUGGAGUUAACAUAGCACAUUGUUUUCGUUUGCUUUGGAUAUGACAGUAGUCAUGCAACAGUUGCAUGAAGCAUUAGGUUCCUCCUAAUCCAGACAUGCAGGCUUACUUGACUUUAGUGUCCAGUCCAGAACUGGUUUCUGAGCUGUCCUCAUGGUUAUGUUGCAGACCAAGUGCGGUAAAUGGGGGGUGGAAUAUCACCAGAUCAACCUGUGUCUGCUCAUGUCACCGGUGUGGGUGUCUGGGUCAGGGUUUUGCUGCCCUGUGUGGGACAAGGGCUGCCCUCUUCUCCAUGACUGCUGAACAGCUGGAUACCAUGCCCAAAUGCUUGCUCUUUAUCAUGUCUGUGCCUGUAAAGGUGAAAACUCUGCACGGGUGUCUCAGCACAAUGAGAAACUCACAUUGUCUUGGGCAACUGUGCAUGUGAACAUGAAGAGCAAAAACUGUGCCUGAAAGCAGAUCUCUGCAUUUCUCUUUAGGUGUUUAUUAGAGCUGGUGUUAUCUCAGAAUUGAACAUCAUUUAAUAAUGGUUAAUUACAACUUCUCAAAAACUUCUAAACUUCUGGAGGAAAAGAAAAGACAAAUUGAGUUCUGGUCACUUGUAGAGGAGGGAGUUGCAAGAAAUGAAAAAUAUUGCUAGGUGCUUUAUGAAUUUCAUUUUUCUGCCGGGAUUGCCACUUAUCCUUACGGCUCUCCUGGCUCACGUUGGUGCUGUGGCACAGCAGCUAGGUAGUGGCACCUCUCUGCAUUUGUGAUGGGCAUGUCUGUAUGGGGAAAAGAUGAGCCUAAAAAGGGCCUAGAGUAAAACUAUGCUCAAUAAAAGAGCUCUUAAUUUGCAUGUUCUAGAUAUGCUGAAAUAACUUGGGUUUAGGCAACUUCAGCUCCUUCGAGGCAUCUGCUGUCAUAUACCCUGCUGCAGUCUGUGGGGUUUUGGAGGAUGGCAAAUCCUAGUGGAAAGGGGAAUUCAGGAUGCACACUGUCACUGCUCUUCCUGUUCCUCAGCCAUGCCCGAAGUCUACCAGGCCAAAGCAGGAUCAGACCCUUGGCACAGUGUUUGCUAUGUACCACAGGGCCAAGCUCAGCUUGACAAGCGCUUUGAGUGAUGUUGGCUGGCACUGUGCACUGCUGCACAGUGAUGAUCCUUUCCUCUCCACAGGACCUGGGGAACUUGUAAGGGACUGCCAGAGUUUGAGGGCCGUUUUCUCAGAGUUGUUACAAGUUCUUGCAAUGUGAACCUCUAACGUUUUCAAAGACUCAGGCAGAAAGGACUUGCUAAACAGACUGUACCUGUCAUCUCCCAGUUCAUUGCUUGCUUGGACCAAAGGUGGUGCUAAAUCUGAUCUUUGUAAUAUUUAUAUUUUGUUGGACUUCUUUUUUUUGACAGUGUUUGAUGAAACAGAUGCAGUGUCCUUCUUACAUGAGAAAUCUAGUGCCCAACUUCAGAUACGUCAAAACUCAAUGGACCUUCAUGGUCCAGAACAGUUAACAUUUGAGCAGGCUUGCAGUGUUCUGGGGGGAGGUGGAAAAAGGGUACUCGUAUCUUCAAAUGCUUGCAGACUGUAAGAAUUGACUUGUGAUUUUUGUUUGUUUGUUGGUAUUUUGUUUACAUUGCCUCUUAUGCCCUAAGGAAAAAUAAAUUUUUGACCUUUUUAA